CCCCAUGUGGUCAAGGACUCGAGGGUGGUUUGUUGUUCUUGGUCGCUCUUGCAUGCGACAAACGGUGACUUGGCACAAUCGCCGUGUGACGUGACGGGAAGUUUCGACUGUCUUCUCCACUCUAGUUCUUGACUACACCGUUUGUGGUGGGUGUGUACUGACUCCUGUUGCCAGCCUUUCUACACCAUUUGUCCACACAGGGUUUUUGUGUCAUUCUCAAUCAGUCAAGAUGGUGAAUCUCGGAGAAAUUUUCCCCGACUUUGAGGCUGACACCAGCACGGGCAAAAUCAACUUCCACGAAUGGCUUGGUGUCAGUUGGGGCAUCUUGUUUUCUCACCCUGCUGACUACACUCCCGUCUGCACCACAGAGUUGGGUGCAGCUGCUAACCUGGCUGGUGAAUUUGCCAAGAGGAACGUCAAAAUGAUCGCCCUCUCCGUGGACAGUGUUGAAAGUCACCUGGGAUGGAUCAAGGACAUUCAGGCCAACAGCAAGCUGACUGGGGACUUCCCCUACCCCAUCAUUGCUGACGACCGUACGCUGGCAGUCAAAUUUGGCAUGCUGGACCCGGAUGAGGUGAACAAGGCUGGCAUGCCUCUGACAGCUCGCUGUGUGUUCAUCAUCGGGCCCGACAAGAAACUCAAGCUGUCCAUUUUGUAUCCGGCAACCACCGGCCGCAACUUUGAUGAGAUUCUACGUGUCAUAGAUUCCCUACAACUGACCGCUACCAAGAAAGUGGCGACACCAGUCAACUGGAAGCAAGGAGGAGACUGCAUGGUGUUACCCUCCGUCCAGCAAGAGGACAUUCCAAAACUCUUCCCCAAGGGGGUGACAAUGAAACCUGUCCCCUCCAACAAGAAGUACCUCCGAAUCACCCCUCAGCCAGAGUGAAAUGGCCCACCUAGUGAAGACAGGGUUCAUUGUGUACUGCAAGUGUGUGGGUUCACCUCAUUGUAUGUUGAGAGGGAUGACCUUCCACCAGAUCUUACAAAUAAUGCUCCGAUGUACACAUGUAACAUGUAAUCAUAAUCUAGUUACUCAUAUAGCAUCAACAACUUUGAUUAUAUUUCAUCUUUGGCUUUUAUUGAUAUAGUUUAUUAUGCUUUAUCCAGACCAGAACUGUUGAAUCGCUAACUAGAAAAUAUUUUUCUACAUGUGUAUUUUUGUAAAUCAAGCAAUACAGCUCAUUUUCAGCUGGUAUUAUUUCAAUAAAUUUGCAUAGCAAGCGAGUCGCAUUAUUUUUAUAGUCUGUUCUAUAGGGCAUUCUGCUGGUUCUUCAAGAAGUUGAUUUCCUAUUCAAUUUUCCCUUUUCGGCGACAUGUCAAAAAAGAGGAAUACAUGUAUAUUUGAGGGUUCUGCUCCGUUGAGACGAAUAUAACUUCAAGGCUCCAUAUUUCCUGUCACAGUGGUUCAUUCAAUCUAACAAGCCAUAUUUUUGUUUAAAGGGAAUGCACAUCAUUGGCUUUUGCUGUAAUUUUCAGAAAUGAACUACAUUUGAGGGGUUGGUAUAAUAGGUCAAAUAUUGUUUUACACUGACAUGUUUGAAUUUUUGUGUUCGAAAAUGCUGGAAAAACCAAGAAAAAACAAAAAUGUUCAAGUAGUCUGGUUCCCUGACUCCACUAAGGAUAAAAUCGAUCAAUUUAUAGAUGCCAGAAAAUUGUAAGGUAAGGGAACCAGUAGCUGGCCUGUACCCAUUCAUGAACAUCUAACCAAUAGCAAACAAAAUUUGGACUGAAAAACAAAAUGGUUAAUUAGGAGCAGUAGUUGAAAAAUAGUUAGGUUUUUCCAACGGUGGUCGGCCGCCCACUGUUGGAAAUGUAUACAAAAUACCAUUUUCUUGAAAACGACUUCACACCAUGUGCCAUAAUUUUACAGGAUGCUUUAGACUGUCAUUUACCAACAUCCUAGUAAGGUAUUUCGUAAAAACUUGGUAGUUUUAUUUUUCGAUGUUUGCAAAUGUUGUAUAUUCCCUUUAACUCCCAAUCCUUAAUUUUUUAAAUGGUGGUGGAAUUUGUUUAUGCAUUUAUAUCUUUUGCACUGUGUGCUAUGGUAGCAGCUUGUUUUUCUUCUCUGAUAAAAAAGUGUCAUAAUUCUUUAGUUGAAACUUAAUUGAUUGGAUUGUAUUGCUAUUGUAGGUCUAUGGACAUAAUUAUUUUGAUGUAAAAAUGCAUCUUUUGCUUGUUUGUUGUGAGAUUAAUAAACAAAACAAAAAGAUUGUA